AAAGCAGUUAGACUACUUUGAGCCAGAUUUAAUCGUGUCGUUUUAAACACCUGAGAGUCUGGAGGGCACUCUGAUUUUACAGACUGACAUUAUAUUUUAGCUGGUGUUAGUGUUCUGUUACGCUUGUUGAACGGGUCUUCAGAUAGGAAACGCUGUUGAAGAUCAUUACGAGCUGUAGUGCUAGCUAACAACUUAGCUUAGUUGCGUGUGGAUCAUACCGUCUAUGGUGUGGAUUGUUAGGUAACUAUCUCAUCACAUUCCGGCUCUUUGGGGGUCAAAGGUCUCACACUUCCUUCGUCUCCUAAAUUCAACUCGAGAGAGCUGUGUGGCAUUACUCCUCUGUUAGCUGUAUUUUAGGAUUUUCCAUUGCCCUAGAUCAACAAGUCAGCAAUGUCUGGAAGCCCUGCAGUGGUUAUGCGACUGGUGGCCUCUGCGUACAGUGUGGCUGAAAAGGCUGGUGCCAUUGUAAGAAAGGUCCUUCAUAGUGGAGAACUUGGUAUUGUUGAAAAGACGGGAGCUAAUGAUUUGCAGACGCUGGCAGAUAGACUGGCACAGCAGAGCAUUUGUGCUUCGCUCUCCAGACGUUUCCCUAAAAUCACCAUCAUUGGAGAGGAGGAGCUUCCAGAUGAAGAGGUACAGGAAGAUCUCAUUGAGAAUGGCCAGGCAGAGGAAAUCCUUCAGAAGACCUGUCCAGCAGAGUACAGCGGGCUGACAGAAGAAGAGCUCGUUGUGUGGGUGGAUCCCCUCGAUGGCACAAAGGAGUAUACUGAAGCGUCAAGGGGCCUCCAUCUCCCAACUGUAGCCCAGAUAUCGCUCAAAGGGUCCAACACCUCUCAGCCUCACAGCAAAGCUCUCUGGCUCUUGGAUAAUGUGACAGUGCUUAUUGGUAUUGCAUACGGAGGCAAAGCUAUUGCAGGUGUCAUCAACCAGCCGUUCUACAACUACCAGCUGGGAGCAGGAGCAGCUUUAGGAAGAACUAUGUGGGGAAUGCCAGGAUUGGGCGCCUUUGGAUUCCAGCUGCAGGAAGUUCCAGGUGAUAAACGAAUUGUCACGACAACCCGGUCCCAUAGCAACAAGCUGGUAACGGACUGCGUAGAUGCCAUGGAGCCUCAUGAAGUUAUAAGAGUGGGUGGUGCUGGAAACAAGAUAAUCCAGCUCGUGGAGGGAAAGGCCUCUGCUUAUGUCUUUGCCAGUCCAGGGUGCAAAAAGUGGGACACUUGUGCACCUGAAGCCAUCCUGCAUGCUGUUGGAGGUAAACUGACGGAUAUUCACGGAAAUGCAUACAGAUAUGAUGCUAAUGUAAAGCACAUGAACUCUGCUGGGGUUCUUGCUGCACUACGCAAUCAUGAGUACUAUGUCAACAGAGUACCACAGUCAGUGCUGCAAGCUCUCAAGUCACACUGAGGUCUAUCUUGUCCUACUGCUGCAGAGAAAUCACCUCUCGAACUUUAAAACCCACCAGCAGAUGAGUUUGUGGACACAUACUACAUGUCACAUACAGGAACAUUAUGUAUGAAAAUGUCAUGACACCUAUUUUAUCCCUUUAAAUGAACAUUUGAUUUUUGUAUUCAUUUUAGCCACAUGUUAAUGGUAAUUUACAAAACAACAUUUUGAUUACACUCUUUAUUCCUGUGCCUAAAACUGAAUGUUGUGAUGAGUCACAUUGAACACAAAAAGCAGGCUCAAUAGCACUUCCAUUUAUUACACUCCUCUGAAACAAACAUGUCCAAAUCUCAGAACUUCUUUACAUACCAAUUCCAACUUGAACAUCAAUAGAUUUACAAGGCAAAAGGCAAGAUUUAAAUAAAUAAAAUGAUAUAGGUUAAAUGUUCAGUAGUGAGUUGGAAAUUAUUUACUGUUCUUCAUUCAAUAACCACUAGGUGGAAACAAUGUAAUAAAACUAGUUUAAUGUAGACAAAAAACAAAAUGUCAUUGUCUUGACUUUUGACCUCUUCAUAAUGUCAUGUGAUGACUGAAGUGCAACAAUGUUCAGUGUGGAAGAGGUCGACAUCUGUUGUGUAGAACAAAUGACUCUCGGCUGAGCUGUAAAUAUUAUAAAAAUGAAUUUGCUGACAUCUACUGCUUAAGCCUGUACUUAAGAGUCAUUUUCUUAUCCUUUCAUUUGUAUACCUCCCCCUUUGCACUGAUAUAUUUGUCUACUUUUCUACAUAUCUACUGUGUUUAUCAGACUAAAGGACUCCAGUGCUCUCUGAGCUGUUUGGUUCCCACAUUUUCCACAAACACUGGAUGUACACCAGAGUUCAAAGGGAAUCAUUUGCACUAUUGUAUUGACGUUUUAUAGCAACAAUGGAAAAUCAGCUCUUUAACAAUCACAAAUGCUCAUUCAGUGACACACAGGAUAAAAAGGUACACAACUUGGUGCUGGUUGUGAAGAGCUGGCUGGAAACAAUCAUCUAAUGAGGAGCAUCAACUGUAUAAGAGCGUCCUUACAAAGCUAUAGCAUAGCUGUGGCUUUUUUAGAAGUUCAGACUGGCUUUGUGGUUGCAUAUAGCAAGAUUUCUAGCGAUAUUUAUUUCACUUACGUCAUUCAAAUCUUAGGAUUUUAUUGGUAUCUCCAUGACAAGAACAACACUUGUUAGAGGGGAACGUAUAUGCUGCCUUGUCUACCAGGUGAUUCUUAAAGUAAAAAUGUGAUAUUUUGGGUUCGUUGCUUUCUUGCCCAGAGUUAAAUGAGAAGAUUGAUGCUUCGUAUCUGUCUUACAUAUGUGACUCCAGCCAGCUGUCACAGCAUAAAGACUAAAAUCUACGUGGCUAGCAUGGUUCUGCUCAAAUGAAAACAAAGCAUUUCUAAAGCUCACCAGUUAACACAUUUUUCAGCUGUACAAAAAACAAAGUAAUAGAGCAAACUGCUGCUCACUAGAGGUUCUGUGCCUGACUAGUUAUUGGUUGGAACCAAUAACUUUCUAUAGUCUCUGCUGGUUGUUAGGCAAAAGGUCCUUACCAAAAUUAUCUGCAGCUUUGGAGUUUUGUAUAGUGAAUCAUACAAGAUACAAUAAAUUAAAGAGAUGGUAGGCGGAUUUUGUUACCUUUGGACGGAGCGAGGCUGGCUGUUUCCCUUUGUUUCCAAGCUCAGUCGGCCAGUUAUCAGUCUUAUACUGGAAUACUUUCCAAGAACACAAAUAAGUAUAUAUCCCAGUGAGACUAUUUCAUGAAGCAGUCUAAUACUUCAGCCAAUGCAGAGGUGGAAAUCAAGGUGAAACUGGAAAUUUUUGGUCCCUUAGGUUGGGACAAUCUGGAUUUUACAUUGGCUUGGACUAGAACUCAUCCCAGUCACACAAGUGUGCAUGCAUUCACAAAUUCACAUUAGAAAUGGUUACUUUCAAGGCAGAUAAAGAAGCUUCUUUCCCAUUCCACAAGAGGUUGGUGUUAAUAUCCCUGAAUGGGAUGAAUAAAUGCAUACCAUGGCAUCAGAAAAAAAAAAAUGGAAAAACCAUUCACAUGUUCAUAAAAAUACCCACAGAACACGCAAAAAUCACUCCGGAAGUUCAUAUUUACACAUGAACAAGCUAACUGAGAAAAGGCUGGAGAGUCUAAGGCAGCCUGCAGGGAUGUGGUUCCAGAGACCAGCCAAGGAAGGGAGGAGCAGGAGAGUCAGGCCAGCCGCUCACCUCUUUUUAGGCGCCUGAGUGGUACGAGGCGGGGUGACAGGGCGUCCUGAAUUCACCCCUCCAUACUGGUACUUUGCUUUUUUCUCUGACGGCUUCAGGAUCUGAAAGACAAUAUGGACAUGUUCAAUACAUCUACAGUGCAUAAUGCUGAAUUUAAUGUGCCAGUAAAAGAAGUAUUGAGACCUCUACCUGAAAAGAGCACAUAAGGGACUCAUCCACGCUCAUCAUGCCGCCAGCAUUGUCAAACUCUCCGCAGUAGUUUGGGGCAGAAAACAGUGUCACCAGCUGUCGCUUUGCAAAGAACUCAUAGCCAUCUUCAACAACCUGUUGGGUGGCAGGAUUAGAGCACAAAUGAUUAGCCAGCUGACAGAACAGCAUUUGGCACCAACUUUGACUGGUGUUUGAUUAAUCUCAGUCAGAGGUGUCAAACAUACGGCCUGCGGGCCAAAAGCGGCCCACCAGAGGGUCCAAUCUGGCCCGUGGGACAACUUCGCAAAGUGUAAAAAUUACAGAGAAGACAUUAACUGCAAAUUGUAAAAUUUAACAUAAUUUCGAGAUAUUGACCAAUUUUUUUGGAUCAUAAAGUAAAAUAUGAUAUUCUUCAGUUCCAGAUGCCUGAGACUACAUGUUUUGUGCCUUUGUAGACACACUGUGAUCUGGAAGUUGUGAUACACAAAUGAUGAAUAAUAUUCAGAGAUAAUAUUCAAAGAUAGAAAUUUCAGGUUUUUUCAUAAUGUUUUGGAAAAAGAUAAUUAAAUGUGAUCAUUUUCUUAAUACACUUUUUUGCACUAAAACAAAUGGAAAAAUUUGGAAAUCUCAUUUAUAGGUUAUUAUGUUGUGAUUUUACUGGUCCGGCCCACUUGAGAGCAAGUUGGGCUGUAUGUGGCCCCUGAACUAAAAUUAGUUUUACACCUCUGAUCCAAGUCAUUUUGGAACAAAAUGCCAAAUAUCCACUGAUUCAAUGUUGUAAAUGGUCACAAGUUCUGUUUGUUGUUUCUUCAGUAACGAACUGACAAUAAAAAGAAUUGUUACUUGUA